AUGCAAAAUUUUGUUAACUUGGGUCAUAUAAGAACUAAUAAUGCAAUUUCAGAGAACCAUAAUAAAGAAUUGAAAAAUAUUGAAGAAAUUAGUAAAAUUGAUGAAAAUAAUGAGAAUAAUAAUGAUAAAAACUGUUUAGUAAAUGAAAAUAUACAUGAUGAUACAUCUAAUAUAUGUAAUAAUAGAAUUGAUGAAAAACACACAAUAACACAUUCAAAGACAAAAGAUAUUGUUGAUAAAAAUUUUCUUAUUUAUUCAUCUAAUUAUUUAAGCAAUAAUAGAACUGGGGAAAUUUUAAAUAAUGAUGUAUUAAACACAAAAAACUUAGAAGAAGCUGUUAAUAGAAGAAGAAAAAUUAGAGAAAUGAUAUCAGCAUAUAAUUCAUUAAACUUAUCUAGUUGUGAUUUAAAUAACGUAGAUAUUCAAAAAAAAAUAUCAUUACAUAAUUUUGAAUACAAUAAUAAUGAAGAUGAUAAAUGCGAAAGUGCUCAUAAGAGUAAUGAAAUAAAACAAAACUAUUCAGAUAAAUUUGAUAAAAACCAAAAUAUGAAGGAUAAUAAUCUUAAUUAUGAUUCAAGUAUCACAUGUAAAAAUAAUGUAUUAUCAUUAAAUAAUUAUUCCAAUAACUGUAAUAAAGAUAUUAUAAAAGCAAGGAUAAGUGAAAAUAUACUAAAUAAAUCAUUUAUUAAUGAUGAUGAUGAAAUAGAUGAUUACAAAACAUUUUUAACACUUGAUAGUAAUCAAACCAUCUUUAAGAAAAAACCUCUUAAACUUCCAGAUAUUUCAUUUCUUAAUAGUAAAAGUAGGAAUUAUAAUUCCAUAUGUAAUAAUAAUAAUGAUGAUGAUAGUAAUAAUGAUAUUCUAAGAAAGAAAAUAAUUUAUGAAAAGUUAGAUUUAUCAUCAUCUUAUUAUGAAGACAAUCAAAAUAUGAGUUUUGCAUCUCAAUAUAAUAGUGAACAUUCUGCCAUACAAAAAAGAGCAGGUAUAAAUGAAUUUAAUAAAAAUUAUGUAAAUAACAACUUUAAUUUUCAUGAAUUGAAAAAUGAAAGUAAAAAUAAUAUAGUUAAGAAUUAUAUAAAAAUCAAUAAAGUAGAAAAUUCAAAUAUAGAACAAUUAAUUAAUAAUAAUAUAAGUAAUUCUAAUAAUUAUGUAGAUAAUAAAGUUAAACGUUAUGCACAAAAGAAUUUAAAAGAAAAUAAUUAUGAAAAUAAAUUAUUACCUAAAAAUGCUUUUGAUAUUUCCUAUUUUAAAUAUUCUACUCUACAUAAUAGUAGAAAAACUAGUGAUAUAAAUAAUAAUAUACAUAAUAGUAUAAUAAAAACUAAAAAUGAAGAAAAUACAAAAUUUAUGAAUGAAAUUAGUAAUACAAGUAUCAUCUAUCCAUCUGAAAAUAAAUGUAGUAAUAUAUCUGAAAAUGUAAGUAAAAAAGAACAUAACAUUUAUAGUAAUAGUAAGUAUGCGAAUACAUAUGAUGAAAAUAUAAAUGAUAAAGUAAAUUUUACUCUUGAAGAGAAAGCUUAUAUGAACUCCUCAUAUAUUAAAAAUUUAGAAAAGUUUAAAGAAUUAUUAUUUAAUGCAACGAAAGAUAAUUUAAAUGAGUAUAUAAAAUGCUUACAAAAUAUUAAUAAUAAGAAAUUAAAAAAUUAUAAAUAUUAUGUUAAACAAGUAAAUAACUAUAAUAUAAGUCAAUAUUUAAAUACUACUUUUAAAGCAUCUGUUCCUCAAAAAAAUAUUAAAGAAUCGAUGCUGAAUAAUUCAGAUACAUUUUCUUCGAUACAAAAAUGCAUAAAUGAAAGUGAUGAUUUAAGUACAACAACUUAUAGUGACAAUAGUAGCAGUAGUAAUUUUGAAUACAAAGAUUUAAUAAAUAGUAAUAAUAACAAUAAUAAUUUUAGUUUGAAAAUUUAUAAAGGCAAAAAAAAAUCUCAUUUAAAGAAUACAAGUACAUUAUCAACCACUCCUACUAAUGAAAUUAAUUCAUGUUCUGAAAAAGUAAAAAAUAAAAUAAGCUUUAGUUUAUUAAAUAAAAAUAAAGAAAAGAAAUAUGAUAAAAGUAGUUAUAAUAAUGUUAGACCAAAAAUGUCAACUGUUGUAAUUAAUAAAAAUGAUUUUCUAAAUAUUAAAGAAAAUCAUUCUUAUAAUUUAAAAAGAUUAGAUAAUUUAAAUGUAAAAAAAAUAAAAAAAGACGAGGAUUUAGAUAAAAAUGAUAGUUUUAAAAAUAACUAUAUUAAUAAAACUUUAAAAAAAAAUAGUUUGUAUGAAACUUUAGGGAAAUAUAUUACUGAGGAAAAACUUUACAAUUCUGAUUAUGCAAAAAAUUAUAAUAAUUAUGAUAAAAAUAGUUUUAAAGAAUAUGAAUAUAUACAUUCUUUAAAAAAAAAAGAGAAAAAAAAAAAAAAAAAAUAUAUCAAUAAUAGUAUUUAUGUAUAUAAUUCUAAAAAUAAAAAUAAAUAUUAUUUUCCUUUUAAUACAGAUUCUGAAGAUUAUAUUAAGCAAGUAAAUGAUUCAUCUCUUUCUAUGUUACAAAGUAAUUCAUGCGAAAAUAAUUACAAAGAACUAUUAUCUAAUGAAGAAUUAAACAAAUCAAAUAAUCAAACCAAUAAUACUACAAAAAAUAAAAAUGUAUUACAUAUGAAUAAUCUUGAUAAUAACAAAUAUGAAAAAUGUAAUUACCAUGAGUCAGAUAAGUCCCUAAGACAAUCAUCCAUUAAUUGCACAGAUGAUUUAAUAAACAAAAAUGUACUGUGUAAUAUAAAUCAAGAUAAUAUGAACGAGAAAAGUUUUUAUGAAUUUGGAAAUAUUAGAACCAAUGAGAUUAUUAAUGUAAAUAAUAGCUAUGAAAAAAAUAGGAAUAAUAUAAAUAAAGAAGAUUUUAGUAACAUAAAUUUUUUAAAGAAUGGAAAUUCUAUUAAUAUUCAUGAUAAUAUUUCGAAGAAUAAAAAAACGGAAAGUGAUGAUAUGUUGUAUACACAAAAUCAUGCUUAUAUGAAUAACAUUAAUGACAAUUAUUUAAAUGAAAAAAAAAAAUUAUUUUUGAUAAAAAAAAAUUCAGAAGAUUUUCCUAUGUGUGAUGAAAAAUUAAUCAAAACAGAUUCUGUAAAUAGAGAACAUAAUUAUAUUUCAUAUAAAGAUUAUAACUUAAAUAAAAAUUCAUUUUAUUUUAAUAAUGCAAAUAGCAAAAAUAAAUUAAAUGAUAUUAUGAGAAAAAAUGAAAAUAUUUUAAUGAAUAAUAUAAAAAGAGAAGACCUCAAUAAUUCUAUAUGUGAAAAUAAAAAAGAAAAGGAGAAUGAAAGCAUUGAUGUUUUAAAUUUUAAUUUUCAAAAUAAUCUACAUAAUAAUGUCAACUUAAGUAAAAACAAAUUCGAAGUAUCAAAUAAUAUUCAAGAAUAUCAUCAUAAUUGCGAAUUUCCUGAACAUGUAAAUAAAAAUUUAGGAAAAGAUAUUAAAGAAAUCAUGAAAAAUAACAAAACAAGAAUAGAAAAUAUAUAUGAUAAUGAAGAAAAUCAAAAUGAUCUUUAUUUAAGUGAAAAUACAAGUGAAAUGAAAUAUAAUAUAAAUGAAAAUACAGAUGAUAAUAAAACAGUUCAUCCAUCUUUAAACAAAUUUGAUUACUUUUAUAAAUCUAUAAAGGAAAAUUCUUUUUCCACUAACUCAUGUAAUGGAGGUAUUGAAAAUGAAAGUGUUAUCAGAUGUUCACUUGAUAGUUUUAAUGAAGAAUUUGAUAAUCCAAUUUCAGCACCUACACCCGCAGCGUCUAGUUUUUCUAAUAUAAGCUUAAGCUCAUCAUGCAAUAAAAAUUUUAACAAAUGGAAUAUAUUAAACAUAAAUAAUAAUCAAACUAAUAAUAUAAAUGAAAUUCAUAAUCAUUUGAAUAAUCAAAGCUAUUAUGCGAACAUUGAGAAGUUCAAAAAAGAUAAUUUAUAUAAUUAUAACAACAAUCGUAAAAUUAACUCUGAUAAAAGUAACACUGAUAAUGAAAAUUACAAUAAUAGUAAUGAGAAAAACAUAAAUGUAAAUUCAUUAAAUGAUAAGAAUAUGAAUAAUAUUUAUGAAAAUUAUAUACAUGAGAACAAUAAUAAUAAAGAUAAAUGUUCUUAUUUUGUUAAUAAUUCUAUUAAUAAAAAAUAUGAAAAAUCAGAUGUUUCUACAGAUCUUUUAAAAAAUAACACAAAUUAUAUAGAACAUAAUUUUGAUUUUAUGAAUAAUAAAAAAGGUAAUGAUAAUUCACAAAUAUCAGUAGAUAAAAAAUAUAUCCAUUUCACUAAUUCUUUUAAAAAUAACGUAAAUAAAAAAAAUAUUUUUGAUACAUUAAGUGAAAGUAGUAUAAAUAAUAGAAAAAGUGUAAAUAGCAUUAUAACAAAUAAUAUAAACAAUUUGGAUAAAAAUUUUAUUCAUAAUAAUGAAAACCUUAUUAAUCCAAAAUCAUUAUAUAAAGAGAUAGACAACAAUUAUUCUUCUAAAAAAAACAAUUCAUUUGAAACGUUAAAUAAUAAUUUAAUAAAUUUAACAGAGCCAAAUUGGAAUUAUAAAAAAACAGAUAAAAAUAAUACUAGAAAAAUAGUAAAUACAUUAGAAAUAAAAAACAUAAAGAUAAACACAAAACAGGGAAUAUUUGAAAUAACACCUACUGGAGAAGUAAUUUUUACAUUUUUAGGAAGAUCAGAAAUCAAAAAAUAUAAAAAUGUAAAAAAAAAAAAUAUUAAUAUAGAUAUAUCAAAGCCAAGAAAAUUAUUAUUUAUAAUUGAAAUAGAUGGAAUAAAUAUCAAAAUAAAAGACCUAUUAAUGAAUGAAAUUCUAGACUACUAUAAUAUAUUUGAAGAGGAAUUGCCAAAAGCACACAAUGCAAGAUAUGAAUAUGCAUAUAAUGUAAUUGAAACGUUAAAAAAGCAUACACCUAAAGUGUCUUUAAAAAAAAAAUGGUUUGGUAUAUAUAAUUUAAUGAGUAACGGAAGUACUCCUGAUUUUACUGCUAUACUUAACAACAAUAUGUUUAUUGAAAAAGUUGAAAUUAAAAACAAUCAUGUAACAUUUAUUUUAAAAGAUAGAACUAGUAUAACUUUACACAUUGAUGAUUUAAAUGGAAUAACUACAAACUUUACUAAAAAAACAAUAGAAAAAAAAGAAAAAAUUGAAAAUAAUAUUAAAGAAAAAGAUAAUUUUAUAAAGGAAAUGAAAGGAGAUAAUGAAGAUAUAAAAGUAAUUUUAAUGAAUUUGCAAAAAUUAUUACAAAAGACAGGAGUAUCUAUUGAUAUAAUUAUUCAAAAUUGGUGUGAUACUUUACAUGCCUAUUCUUAUUGUCUUAAUUUAUUAACAAAAGGAAAUACAGAAUAUACAUUGAAACUAAAAAAAACAUUAGCAUAUAUAACAGAAAAAACUGAAAUUCACAAAAGGAACAUUUAUUUUUCCAUAUUUCCAAUAAUAGUAGAAGAAUGA